AUGGUAAGACAUGCUUUCUGCUGCGAUUUAUGCACUUGUUGGGCUGUAUACUUUCAUGAAAGAAUUAAAUGGAAAUGGAUUACUUCAGUCUUGAUAUUGCUCUUCAUCAAGGCUCAAUCAUUCCAGGCCCUAGGAGUUGCUCCUGUGAACUACAUAAAGGGACAGGAAAUAGAUGUGGAAGGGAUCAAAAUGUUUAGUUCUCGUGAACAAAUAUUUUAUGAAUAUUAUUCAUUACCUUUUUGUUUGCCCAAAAAUGAUGCCAUAUCGUAUAAAUCUGAAAAUUUAGGGAAAAUUUUAAGAGGCAAUGGAAAUGUUAAUACGCCUUAUAAAGUUGCAAUGGCACAAAAUGCAUCUUGCAAACUCCUUUGUCAUACACCAACAGAACCCAUGACUUGGAAUGAAAGUUAUUCUUCACUCGUCAUUGAACGAAUUCAACAAUCAUACAUUAUCUAUUUAUCGAUAGACAAUUUUAUAGCAGCAACUAUAACUAAGAAAGGGCAAGACACAUAUAUACGACCUGGUUAUUAUGUAGGUGGUAUUGAUGAGAAAAAUAAGGUUUAUAUUAACAAUUAUUUGAAACUUAAAAUAGCCUACCAUAAACAUGGAGAGAAUGAAUUUAGAAUAGUUGGUUUUGAGAUAGAAGCUUUGUCAGUAGAUUAUAACCAGGUAGGCUAUGACAGCGAUACUUGUAAUAUUCCACCACAAGCUAGUCUACAAUACAUCAAUCCAAAUGGAACCAAAAUUCUAUUUUUCUAUUCUGUUGAAUGGGAAGAAUCUGAUGUUACAUGGGCUAAUAGGUGGGAUAUUUAUCUUACAACGUCUAUUUCAGAUAAUCGUUGGAAUGGUACUAUCACAAUGACACUACUUUUAAUUUUAUUUUUGGGAAGCUCAUCUUUUUUGUUGUACAAAACAUUAGAAAAAUACAUUUCAAGGUGCAUAGGUGUUGAUAGUGAUUAUCUUGCGAGAUUAGAAGAAGCUAUUGAAGAUCCAGAGGUGUACCAUGUUGUUUAUGCUGAUGUAUUUAGACCUCCCACUAACUCUCUUCUGUUUGCUGCUGUUAUUGGUAGUGGUAUUCAAGUAUUUGUGAUGACAUUUAUUCUUGUCCUUUUUUUCAUGCUUGGAAUAUUUUCAUCAGCUAGUAGAGAAGCUGUAGGAACUUGUGCAAUUUAUUGUUUCGGUUUCUCUGGACUAGUAGCUGGAUACUUUUCAGGUAGAUUAUAUAAGACGAUGCAAGGAGAAAAGUGGAAAAAAUCGGCUCUUUUGACUGCAACUUUAUAUCCUGGCAUAGUAUUUGGAGCAUAUUUUUCCCUUAACUUUUUUUUGUGGGUACAACACAGUUCAGGAACAGUUCUUUUUUCAACAAUGAUUUCUUUGCUAGGCGUUUGGUUUGGCAUUUCUUUACCAUUAGUUUACUUAGGUUACUUCUUUGGCUAUCAUAAAAAACCUUUUUUUUAUACUGUUAAAAAUAAUCACAAGCCAAAAAAAAUUUCUAAUCUCAUAUGGUUAGUGAAUCUUGCAAUCAGCUUGCUCAUGGGUAUAAUACCCUUUGCAGUAUCUUGGAUAGAUAUAACUUACAUUAUGACUUCAGUAUGGAAAAACUAUGUAUACAAUGCCUCAGGAUUUCCAUUCAUAAUUUUUAUCCACUUAGUAAUAUCUUGUUAUGGAAUCACUAUUACCAUGGUUUACUGCCAAUUAGCUGCGGAAGAUCAUAGAUGGUGGUGGGGAAGUUUCACGUUUGGUGGAGCAUCAGCUGCAUACAUUCAGUUAUAUUCAAUACAUUUUUUCUUUAAAAAAUUAUAUAUAACAGAGCUAGCUCCGACUUUGAUGUAUUUCGGUUAUAUGGGCCUGGUAGUUAUCACAUAUUGGUUGUUUACUGGAACCAUUAGUUUUUUUAUUUCUUAUAUGUUUAUCAGAAAAAUUUAUGCGGUUGUUAAAUUAGAAUAGUUACAUCAAAUGAUUUUGUUAGCUAGUGCAUCUGUUUUGCCAAAAUGGUACUAAUGUAUUUCUUUGUUUUGCUGAUAACUAAUUUUCAUUUGAUAUGAUUGCAAGUUUGGUUAAAAUCAUCUUAGUAAUUUCAAGAUCAUAGUUAAUUAUUUACUAAUUUUAAGAAAAUUAGAGACCUGUUUUUUUUCGUAUUACCAACUUCAUGAACCAACUAUUUUGUUAUGCAUCAAUUAGAUAAGUUAGUGUGGUUUUUAUUAAUGUUAAAAAUGCAAGUUAACUUCAAGUAAAAAUCAAAGUCGAAUUAUCAUUUUUAUAACACACUAUCAGUGUGUGUGAUCGCGGGUGUAUAUACUGUGUAUUAUAUAUUAAUGACUCUAAUUAGGUAUGAUUCUACUUUGUCUAAUUCGAAGUGUAUAUAAAUCUAAUUUCAUAUGAAUCUCACUCAUUCUGUAGUACUAUAAUAAAACAAAUUAAGACAUGUUAUGAAUACCCUUUUUUUUUAAUUUUCCCAUUAAACGAUUUUCUUAAUUCAUUUUUAUGUCUGAAUUAUUUUCGAAAUCGUUGGAAGUUGAUAUUUGUUUACGGUCUAUUUUUGGUUUUUAAUAGCUUGCGAUUUUUCAUCGGCUAAUCGCUUUUGAAUUGCCAUCACUUUUUAGAAAUUACACAACAUCUUUUUUGCAUAGAUAUAAAUACAUUUUUUUUUUCAAAUUUUUCU